AUGGGAUUUAGUCAAGAUCACGAACUCAUCGACGAAGAGCUUUCUUGCAUCAAUGAUCUUGAGUUUUUGUUGGCUCUUCUUGUUACAACAGUAGUGGUCUCGACCUGCAUUCUGGUGGUGAACUACGUGACAAAGUUGUACGUUCAGACCUCUCGUCAGAUGCGCAUUCUAGACAUUGAAGCCAAGGCCCCUCUAUUAUCGCAGUUCUUAGUAGCCCUCGGCGGUAUCUCCAGCAUUCGAAACUAUGGCUGGAUAGAGGAUUACCAGCGCUGUAAUCAAGUUGCCUUCGACGCUUCCCAACGCCCUUCCACGAAUUUUCUGGGUAUCGCGUUAUUCAAUAUCGUCCACUUCAGUGGCACCCUCUAA